GUGAAAUCGUCCAUAUUUUGUAACAAUCCAUACGCUGUUCAUGUCGUAGCUGCUGCAAUUCGAAAUUAUUUAAGUAAAUUCAAACUUUAAAUGGACUAGUGUUGCUUUAAAUUGUGCAUAAAGCCGUGUUAUUUUAAUUUAUGGGAAAAUUGAUUUUUAAAAACCUUGAACUCCAACAACAAACAUCACUGUGAAAUAAUAAUAAGAAGAAGAAACAAGCUUCAAAAAUGGUUGAAUCCCAAGAUUCGUUAUAUUCUUUGAGCUCACCUGAUCUUGACCUCGACCGGUUCGAUACUGGUGAGUUGAACCUGUUGAGUAGCCAGUUAAGUCAAAAUGGUGAAUUAAAGAGUCUCGAAAUCGACUCACAGACCCUCGUCAACAACUUGGGUUUUCUAGCUCAAGAAGAAUAUCCUCAAUAUUUUCAUGAGAUCUUAGAGAUCCCGCCACUGCCAAAUUUAGAUCAUUUACGUCAACUUCCAAAUUUAGAAGACAUGUCGGAAAACAAUUGGAAGUUUGACAUGCAAUUGAAGAGUGAAUCUGGAAAUAAGUCAUCAUGGUUGUAUUCUGGAUCACUUAAUAAAGUUUUUGUGAAGAUCAACACGCCAUUAAACGUAUAUCCAGCAUUUGUUCGUUAUGAUGUUAAUGCGGAACUAUUCAUUCGUGCCAUGAUUGUUUAUUCAUCACAGAAUGAUUUACCAGAGCCGGUUAAGAAGUGUCCAAAUCAUAAGGAAAAGUAUACUGGUUGCUUUGCUGACCACAUUUUAAGAUGCGAUAACACUGAAUCAGUUUACAGAGGAAAUGAGAAUGGUAAAGUCUUCGAAGAAAAAUUGGCAGUUUUGGUUCCAAUGAAGAACAUUGCAUCAAAUGAGCCAUUGAAGUUGACAUUUACAUGCCAAAAUAGUUGCAGUGGUGGGAUGAAUCGCAAGUCUACAUCAUUGAUUUUUACACUUGAAGAUCAAUAUCAAAAUAUCUUAGGCAGAAAGUGCAUGCACUUUAAGGUAUGCUCAUGUCCAAGACGUGACAAGGAAAAAGACGAACAAACUACAAAGACACUUCCAAAGAAGCGUAAGAUUGAAGGAAGUAAUGCUCCAUCAACAUCCAAAAAGCAACAUUUGAUGCAGAAACAAGAUUCAACUGAAACAUUGAUGAUGGAUCAAAGUCCAGUUGAAUCCCCAAUAGCUACAAUCCCAGGAACAUUUAUGAACAUUAAACAAGAACAAGACGCUCAAGUUGAGCUUAAAAUUCUAUUGCCUAAUGAUGCCUUAAAAAAGAAGGCAUUAGAUGCCGUCUACAAUGUUAUUGCAGGCGAAAUGUCUCGAAGUGGCAAUUCUGCCUUAAACUACUACCUGACUGAGCUCCAAAAACAAAUUGAUGACAAUGAAAUUUAAUGAAAAAAUAAUCAAAAAAAAUUGUAAUGUUCUCUUUAAGAUUUUACUCAGUGAAUGUAAUUACUAUAUUUUUUUGUCAUGCAUAAUUCGCUGACUUAUCCAUAACUUUUAUUAUUAUUUUUUACAAAAUAUUAAGCAAUCAGUAUAGGGCUUACGCAUUUUUGUUGUGUCUUGGGGGUCUGAUAAAAUUAAUUUUGACAUUUUGAGUGGAAAUUAGGGCAGCUAGUAAUGAGUUUUAGGAUGGAUGUGAUGUCGCAUCAUCCAAACAAGAUAAAGAUGUUUUUUGGGGUAUUUAGGUACCCUUGGUAUGGAAGCUUGGACUUUAAAUGUUGAAGUUCUUAGCAAUUUAUUUAGAAAUUGAAAAUAAUAAUAUAUGAAACUAGUGUUAUAGACACAAUCUUAGUCAAAAUCAUGUAUAACACAUAUAAAUUUGGCAAUAGCUCUUUGAAACCCGGGAAAUACUUAGUCAAAAUUAUACAAUUUUGUAUACGAACUUCCAGAUUCGUUACUUGCCCAACUAGCAAUUUUUUAAAAAUAUUUCAAACUUUAAAUAACCCAAAUUAUAUCGACACCCUCAGCAAAAAUGCUCAAAACCUUUUUAAAUAUUUUUUUAAUAAUUAAAACAAACUUUUAUUUAAGUUUAAAUGUUCAUUUUAAAAUUCAUUAAAAUAUGUUUGUGCAAUUCUUUAACAUUUGCAAUCGAAAAUCACAGGCAAAGAACUUUUUGUCAGCCCAAAAAAAUGACAAAAACUUUUCAAUUUCAAAAAGUACAAACAUAAAAAAAUAUUCACAAACGCAAAAAAAAAAUUUUAUUUCAAUAUUUUUAUUAUUAUUUGCUCCUAUUUUAUUAUUAACUGUAAAGCUGUGGCCUUGAGUGAUACGAGACAUUUUGUUUUAUUCGCUGAGAGAAAAUAAAUCAUAAAUUAUGCGUUGCUCACGCGAAACUUUGCGGAGGUCAAAGUCAAGGAUGAAAACUUAAUAAGCUGUCAUAUUUAUUGAGGGUUAUAGGCGGAUUAAUGGUUGAACAUGAUGACAAUAUUGAAAUAAUUUAUAGAUCGUGAUGUCAUAAUUUAUUGGUAGCUAUAAACGAACUUAUAGUCUAUAAUGUCAUGUUUUGUAAUUAAUCAGAUUUGCGAGGCUUAUUUCUCUAUUAUACAGAGUAUUAUGUCUUAAUUUAGAUGAUUUCUAUUGAAUUAUUAUCAAAAUAUUAAAAUUAUUUCAACACCUACUUUAAAAAAUUCAAUUUAUAUUGAGUACAUUCACAUAAUUCCAAUUUAUUCAACACUCUAGACUCCUUAGUCUAACCGAAUUACUUAUAAAAUUACAUAAUUUUCAUAGAUGUGGCAAAUUCUUUUUAUUCAAUAAUUCUCAUCAAAUUACGACUUAAUGAACUUAAGUGUAUUUUAAUAAAUUACGUCGGUAAGAGCUGUGAAUAAAUAGAAGAAGACGUAGAUACUCGAAAAUAUAAUUUGCUUAUUUAGAAGGCAAUAAAGAAAUGCUAAACAAUAGAAUGAAGAAUAAGAAGCGCCGAUCUCGAUUUUUUAAAGAGAUUAAAUCUUUUAAUACAGAUUUUGCGGGUCUAUAACUUAAAGCCUUUAAGCAUGACAUCAUCUUUGCGAAACUCUCAAUUGUCUAAUUUCAUUUCAUUCAAUACUUAAAAAUCUACUUAAUAAGCUCAAUUCGAUCUACUUCUCAUAAAUCUACUUAAUAAAAAUUAACAUUGUAAUCCUUAACGGUUCAAAAUAAAAUCAUGCAACGACAUGAACAGCAUUAGAGACAAUGUUAAUGAGCUCGAUAUUGUUCAAGGUUGAUAAUAUCCCGACAUGUGCCUAAACAGACGAACAAGUGAAGACGCGAGAAGACGAUAAAAUGAAAUGAAAUCAAUUCAGUUAAAAAAACAGGUAGAAAGAUUCAGCAAUUUACGCAAAAACUGUUGAAAUUUAAAUUGUGGAUUGAUCUCAUAGAUAUUUCCUUUAUAGCCUCAUAUGGAUGAGGUUGUUUUUUAAUCGAAUUGUAAAUUGAGGAUUGGGUUUGUUUGUAAAUGAUGUUUUUCAAAAAUGGUAAUUUUGGGGCUCUAACGGUGUGUUGAGGGGUUCCUUUACCAAUCCUUGUUAAGAACUGCUCAUUAAUAUUGCUACUUACAUCUCCCCUCCUCAUUCUCCUCUCAAAAUUUGAACGUUAUUUGUUAAUGACCCCUAAGGAAUUUCUGAGAAUAUCCAAGUCUAUAAUAAUUUACAAAUGAUUUAAGAUCCUGUUCGAAACAUCGCGAUAAUCAAAUUUAAAUCUUAAUAGAACCCAAGAUUUUUAUACAUUCUACCUAAAAUGACCUCGUCAAUAACAUGAGAAAAGUAUAUCCACAAGCAGUCUAUUUAAACAAAUAUUUAAAUGUCUUAAACAUUUUCUGUCCGAUCAUCAACCUCAUAGGCCGCAGCACACGCAUAUUAUAUCCAUAGAUGUUAAGAGUUUAAGAGAAAAAUAAUGAAAAUUAAUAUUUUUAUAAAAAUAUAGAAAAAAAAUUUAUUGAUUAAAUUUGGUGAUAGAAAAAUUUAAAAUUUUUAAUCGAAUUGAAGUUUUCAAAAUUAUAUUUUCAAAUUAUUUUUUAACUCUUAAACGUUUAAGUUUAAUUAGCAUUUAAGUCAUGUUGUCUUAAAAAUAAAAAAAAAAAAUAACAAAAUUGUUAUAAGAAAUAUGAAAAAUAAGAAUUUUAAAGAGAGAAAAUUGAUUAAUUAUAGAAUAAUGAAAAUUUGGCAGAGUUGGAAACUAGGUUGUAGUCUGAUUUAGAAAAUGUGCAAGUAGUUUGAGUAGAUGGCAUAAGAUUUAUAUAUUGAUGUGGUAUUUGAAGCUAUUACUUUAUAAUUUGAGUAGUGUAGCUAUUGUAGGGUCACUAUUUUUUUUUGGAUAAUAUUACAUGAUGCAUAUCUCUUCAUACUGAUCCAAUUUUAAUCAAGCUGAUCAAGUGAACUCAGAGCUAGUACUCAAUAUUGAUAGAUAAGCUCGAAUCCUUACUAAAUCUCAAUAUUCUUGAGUUCAAAGAUAAUGUCAAUCUUCAAAUAGUUUUAAAAUACUUUCAUCACAUCUGCAAGCUUUAAAGUCAUUUCUUCAAAGAUUCCCUCAAGUUUCCAUCUCACACCAUUCCCAUUAAAUAAGGAUCCAGUGUAAAACUUAAGACAAAAAAAACAUAGAAUAUUGCAUUUUUAAAUUUACUACGGAGUCGCUUCCUCUUAAAAAUCCACAUUAUUGCACUUAAGCUUUCAAAAAAUUCUAAUGAUCUCAAAAUGAAUUAAACAAAAAUCACCAAAAAAAAAAGACUACCACAAGAGGAAGCUCCAAAGAUGUGAGGUAGAUGAAACCAAAUUGUGAUAAUGUUUUAAUCUGAUUGCGAAGCUAACGACAAAAAUUUCACGAUCCAGCAUUCAAACCAUCAGCAAUUUGGAGAUUAAUACAAAAAAAUGGGGGUCAUGCCAAUUGAGUAGGUUAUACAGACUAUCAAUUGGGGAAUUUGAUGUUCUUUUUAUUUUUUGGUUCCUGAAAUAAUUGAGAAUAUUGAUUAUUUUUGGUAUUUUUAACCUCAGGAUAUCGAGGGAUGGGCUAUUGGGACACUUGAUAUUUUUUUGAGUGUCUGAGGCUUAGAAACAUCAACAUAUUUAAUGUUUAUUGGUACCUCUAACGAUUUAGAGCGUAAUCUCUGAUUUCUGGGGUUAAAAAUCAUGCACAAAGCUAUAAAAUAAAGAGAAUAUCAGUGAGUUUAAGUGUGAUGCUGGGUUGCUGAAGCCUCCAUUGAAACAAAUCUUUUUAUAAGCAGGAAAAACUAUAAAAUAAAGAAAAAUUAUCAAUUAAGAAUGAUAAAACUCAAUCAAAAAAUUUAUAAAACUAUAAAAAUAUAAAAAAUUGAAUUAUUUUUGCAAAACUUAAUAAUUUUCUACAAUUUAAAUUUAAUUUGAAAUAAUUAAAAAUUUAUUUGAUGAAGAUGCAGAUGUCGAGUCCAAACUCCCAUCUGACAAUAU